CCACCUGUCAUGGCUGAUGCACCACUCCUGCUGUCCAAUGCUGCCCCCAACUUUGAAUUCGGGAAGAGAAAGAGAUGGGCUGAUCUCGUCAUAACAGAACUCGUUGACGUUCUUCUUCUCGUUCUUUCUCGACACGCCAACAUUCUCUACUGCGGAAACGGCCUCAAGAAUACACUGGGCUGGAAUGACACGGACAUCCUUGAUCAAAACUUCACAGACUUUAUCCAUGAGGAAGACCAUGGGAAGUUCGCUAACGUAUUUCAAGAAUCACUGCAAUCUGGCGAACCAAUACUAUCUACCUAUGUUCGGCUGAAGGGUGUCUCCUCAACAGAUUUGUUUGAACUGGUUGGUAGGCCGCAAAUGGCGGCAAGCGAGGACGCUGAGAACGACACCCCCCUUCAAGUGAUGUUCAUCGUCGCCAAACCGUUCCCGAGCAAAAGUCUGGAGACGUUGAAUACGUACAUUGAACUCGAGGAAGAGAAUGAGCGCCUUCAACAACGAGUUGCUGAGUUACGAGCGCGGGCCCCACUGUCAAGUCCGUCGUCUCCAGCCUCCCCGUCGAGCCAAAAGCCUGUUUACGCAAUGUCUUCGACUUUUCCCAACCAACACCCCCUUGCCAUUUCCCCUCAGGUCCAUUCGAAUGACUCCUUCCCCGAGCCAGUUUCAGCUGGCCCGUCAUCUUCUAACGUUGAAGACGACAGCAAUCGCAAGAAAAAAAUUCCAAGAAAGACAGGCCCAUCCGACCAGUAUGCUUGCAUCACUUGUGGGCAGACAAACUCCCCAGAAUGGCGAAAGGGCCCAAGUGGGCCCAAAACAUUGUGUAAUGCAUGCGGCCUACGAUACGCUAAGCAGCUCAAAAUGCAGAAACAAGCGGAGGAAGCCUCUGUAGCCAUCAUGUGA